AUGGCCGUGCGGUUCAAUCCUCACUUUCAUCCUCCUCCUCCUGCUAGGACCAACGCCUACGGGCAUGACAGGAUCUUUGGACCUCCCGUAAUUUACCUCGUCCAUCUUGACGGUACAGGUCUCAACUAUGUCGAAGUCUUGUUCACCCGCGGCGCGUCUCCCACCGUUCAACAAGAGCUCCGUGUCAUUCAGGUCGCGCUUCUGCGUUGGAAAGAUAACCAGGCGGAUCGCCCGUAUAGAAACCCGGGGGCGACUCAACCACGAACGGACUGGAAAUUUCCCAGUCAGACGCCUACAGGAUUGGAUGUUAGUCUUGUAAUUGUAACCCGAAGCGUUCAUCAAUCCCAGCUCAGCUCACGGCAUGAGCCUCCUCACAUCACUGCAUUCCUCGCCAAUCCUCGGGAGUGGACCCCUCACCUGCUAGUCGAACCUGAUCCCGUCACUGGACUGUUGGUGCCUGUGAGACAUCGCAGUGGAGAUCAGGUAGUCGGGCGAGAGUUGGGGGCCGCCCUCCACAUCUUUGACCAAACUCGCGUCGAUCCGCCCUACGAUCAACUGGUCUUUGUCCAGAAUAUCCAGCCGUUUUGGCAUCGUGAGGAGCGUGCAUCCACAAUCAUCCCGCGAGGAACAUAUCGCAUCGUCGAACUGUUGCAGCCUCGAGUCAUGAGUCACACUUUAGAUGCGUACGAGAGUGCACGGGCCAGUUGCUACGACGCGAACGGGAUCAUUUUCCCUCACCUCAAUGUCCCCCCGCUUCAGCACCCGGCCGGCUCGCACUGGGCUCCCCCGUACGGUGUGGACGCUCCUUGGGCGUGA